CCGGCUGCGUUCGUACAGCCGUGUAGUGAAUCGCGUCCUGUGAAUGUGGAAAUAUGUGACGCCUCGGGCUGUCGCCUACGCUUCAAACGGCCUAAUUUAACCUCUGAAUAGCCCGUCCAACGAACGAAGUCCCGCAAAAUGGGAGGCAACAAGAAGGCACCCAGAACGAAAGGCAAUACGCGGCCAUCGAGCAGCGGACGGAGUGCUCAACUGCUCUCGGCUAGUGGCGCCUCCGGCCUGACUGGAUUUGUAGGAUUCUCUUCGCUCUCUCGUGACUGUCCUGCGUACAUACCGCCAACGGGACAGCACGUGAUCGAUGACGCGGACUCGAGUGUGGACAGUGACUUCCGAAUGGUCAUGCGCAAGUUAACUAAGCGUGACCAAACAACAAGGCUCAAGGCUCUUCAAGAACUUCUUGAUCUUGUCAAAGAGAAAGAUGUGGAACUGGUUAAGGGAGCCCUCCCUUUCUGGCCUCGUCUCUACAACAAGCUUUCUCUGGAUAAUGAUCGUCGCGUGCGGGAAGCCACGCACCGUGUCCACGAGCUCAUCUGCCAGCGGGUCAGGAGGGACCUGGCCCCCCACAUGAAGGCACUGAUUGGCGCCUGGCUUGUCUCUCAGAGCGACCCGUUUGCGCCCGCUGCGACUGCGGCGAGGGCUGCAUUCGAGGCUGCUUUCUCAAGCGAGAAGCAAAUCCAAGUGUUCCAGUUUUUCAGCCAGGAGCUGUUUAGUUAUAUAAAUGACGUUAUUCUGCAACAGACUGUUGACACCAUUCCAGACUCCAAGGAGCUUUCCCAAGAAGAACGUGAGGCAAAGUACCUUCGCUGGCUUUCUUGCGCAUUGCUCGGCUUGAAGAUGGUUCUGGAGUACCUCUCGCCCCUCCCCGAGUCGGGUGUCCAGUCGCUGGACUCCAUUCUCAAGGAGCCCAAGUUUUGGAAAAUGGCCAAACACAAAGAAAUUGUGGUGCGCAAAUCUUGGUACAGCCUGGCAUCGUCGUUGAGUCGUGUGGAGCACGUGUGCAAGGCUUACGGUGCCAAGCUCUGCUCCCAUACCCUGGGGUCUUUAGCCGAGAACGAUCCAGUGGUGGCUGUGCCCAUCUGGGAGGCUGCUCUCUCAGUUGUGUCCGCUGUGCAGGACUGCUGGACGCAUGUGGACGCCAGGAAAGCCGUCCUGCCUCAGCUUUGGAAGGUCUUGAAAAAUGGAGGGUUUGGCAGCGCAGUGCACAUCUAUCCAAACCUCCUUCCGUUCUUAAGCCUCGUUCCUGCUGAAAUUGUCGGCGUCGGCGUCCAGUUUUACAAGCUGUUCUUCGACUCCUUGCGAGAAGGGCUGUUGAGUCAGAAAGUGCAAGCAUCUGUGGCAGAGUGCAAUGCUGUUGUGCAAGCGUUUAUGGAGUGCCUUCGUUACGUCUUGACACGACACCUGGCUCAAGAUGAGAAUGCCAAAUCUGUUCGCAGCCACAUUCUGGAGGAGCAGCUCAUCGAAGUCUUCAGAGUCUGCCUCACAGACCCUUCGAGCCGUCUCUCCGGAACACGACUAUACUACGAAGUCGCCAGCCUGCAUGCCUUCGUGCUCCAAAAAGUCCUCUCCAGCGACACCGAGCCCGCUGCAAAGACGUCUUAUCGAGAGUGCCUUGAACUGAUCUGGUCCAAAUUGCUGGAACUAAGUUUAGAAAUAGCCUCGAUGUCGCCUCCAAAUGUUGCACUGGUCCGCCGGCUAACAAAGCUCCUCUGCGCCAUCCACUCUCCGCCAGCCAGUCCGAGGAGCCAGAUGAAGGUCACACUGGUCGCGCCUGAAGACGCCAACUCUACCGUGCACACCAAGCGAAGUUACGUGGUUCUCAAUGCGCACACUUCACCCCUAGAAGCCCUUCCGACCACCAUGGCACACACAACGAAAAUCUGCGCAGAAGUGCUGAAAAGGGCGAGGACUAACCCAGGCAGUGCCGAGAGCCUGGUGUAUAUAGAAGCUGCAUCCGAAGCCUUGCGAAUUUCGAGUUCCAGCGCAUUUCUCGUGGCUGUGCUCGCAGAAAUGGGUGUUGAGUGUGGUGCGGGAAGCAGUGCAGUGGCCGAGUUUUUCAGUUUGUUUCGCUCUUUCGUAAGCGAUGCUGCCUCAGUUACCUGCAAGGAUGUCUUGGAAGAGUAUUACGGACACAUUGCAAACUGUUUGCUGGUUGUUUCCGUCAACACCUCUGCAACUGCAACGAAGGUGGCAGAGCUUUUCAACGAUACUGUGCUGGACAAUGGGCACAUCUUGGCUGUCCUGCUGGAAAAAUCUUUGGACUGCUGGAGGAGCCACGCAGGCAUUCAGGAGUGGCUCAGGAGCAAUGACCUGGCUGAGAAGCUGCUGCAGCUAUCGCAGAAGCUCGUGCCAAGCUCCUCAUCAGAGUCAGAACUCAUUUGGAGGUCACUGCGGGCGAGCCUGGUGAUGGGAAACCUUUCUGAGCCUCUGAUUUCACUCUCCAACCUCAGUAGCAUCUUGAGCACCCUUCGCAAGACACUGCAGAGCUUCACUCAGGCUGAAGGGAAACAGCUGCUGACGGCAGUGGAUUUCGUGUGCGAGACAACCAACACACUUUUCUCGAGUUACGAGGGAUGUUGCAACUUGCCUGAAUCAGAAGAGUUUGUUCUUUCCCUGUUCCUUCUCGACUGUCAGAGUACCCUGUCUUCUUCACCCGAGACACGGGAGAAAGUGAGCUUGUCAUGGCAGCAAGGGAUCUCUAUGAUUGUCAAAGCAAGAGGUGGAUUUCUGGCACCAGGCGGUCUUCUUCAGAAGAUUGCGUCGACACUAAACUCCAUGUUGCUCAGCUGUAUUUCCUGUGAUAAGCGCCAAGGACUGGUCAGGUGCUGCUGCCGUUUCUUGGAAAGCAUUUUUGCUGCAAUCCCUAAGGAGGAACAGGACCCAGUGGCUCUUCUUCUAGACCCGACCGUGUCGCUGGUCCUGGAAUCCAUUCUCCCCACGUCGCAGCAGUGGGAGAAGCUUGUCAGUGACACGUGUCUUUCGGAGCUGUUGGCAGUUCAUCUAGAGCAUAACGAAGACCAUCCCCUCUACACGACGCAAGACUACCUCUCCAAGCAGGCCAGCAGUCAGCGCAUAGACCAGGCGCAUCUGGCAGAUGUUGCUGGCUUUGCAGAGGCCGUCUUUGAUCACAUGCUGGCCUCUGAGAGCGAGUCUGAGUCAAAACCGCUGAAAAGCAGCAGCUUGCUCCUCAAAUGUGCCCCGUUUCUUAUCCUGGCACGCUGUUUCCCUCACCGGGCAUUUACUGUUUCUGUAGAAGAUGAAGAGGGCACUGAGAGCCAGUCAGCCUUGAAUGCAGCUAUGGAGACAUUCUCGAAUGACGUCUUCGACUCCAUCGUCAACAAGGCCCUCUCGGGUGAAAGGUUGUGGCUAGAGGCACUUGUCUAUUUCUUGAAGAAGCUAAGGGAGGACGGCAUUGCAAGAAGAAUUUGCGACUCUCACUACAUUGCUGCCAAGGACAACUUCUACGGCCAGGAAAAGAAAGCGGAGCUCUCAGUUGUACGGUCGCUGCUGCCAUUCAUGUCCCAAAACAACAUUGAAGAGGUGUUUCUGACUGCUGUGGGCUGCAUCAGGUCUUGGGAGCCAGAGCUAGGCUGGGAUGUGGCCGUUGAUCUUCUGGGCCUGGCAUGUAAGGCGCUGGAAGGCCUGGACUCUGGAAACGCUGAAUCAAUUCAUGAGGCAGUGGUGUCUGUUCUGUACUGGUUACAAGGAACGAGGGGUGCUCAGCCGAAGCUUUAUCUGAGAGAUGAAGAUGCUGGGCUCUCAGAAGACCAGUUCGAGUGGAGUCGUAUGGCCUGCCAUUUCUACUUGGUUAUUCUGAAGCAGUGCCCUCAGGCACUGAUGCCAUGCAAUUGGGACUUUGUGUUGCUGAGCAUUGCUACGUGGAAUCAGAAGUUUAACUGGAGGAGAGCAGUGGAGCUUUUUUCGGCGAGGGAGAUUAUCUUCACCUGCGAGCUGCUGAGUUCUCUGCUGCAAGUCGCUCACGUGACGGACAAGGCACAACCGAUCCGUGAGCAGUGCAAGCUACCCGAGGGCUUCGACGUCGAAUGGGAGGAGUUCUACACUAACGCCGUUUUUUCCGUUCUCAUUCCUGGGUUCAUUGACAUAGCUCAGCUCUCGACAUGUCCGAAUGAGACGGCGUCCGUACUCCUGAAGAAACUCGCUUGUGCGCUGGAGUUUGCAAGUGAAAAAUCUGUGAUAAAGUUUGUGGAGGGCUUCCAAAACCAAGAGCAAAACUCGGCAUCCCUCAACACCUUAUUGGCCAAGUUGACACCUUUGGCCACGUCCAAGUCACUUGCACUGCAGCUAGGUGCCCAUACACUGCUUCAAAAGAUAGUCCCAACAGUGGCAAGAGAAGAAGCAAAAGGGAUUGAAAAGCAAGACAGUGACGAAACUUCCAGGAGUCCCCCGGAGCCAUUGCUUACAUCACUUCUCGAAAUGGGCCACGUUGUCGAGGUGCUUCUGUCGGACUUUGGUGUUGGCGACUGUUGUCUGGUUGAGGCCAACACAGACAGCUACACGUACACUCUUGGCUAUCUCCUUUCCUGGCUAGAACUUCUUGCUUUCUUCGGUGCAUCACCCGCUGAGGCAAGAUCAGAGUAUGCCAGCUACCUCCAGGAAGAAGGUUUGCUGUCCUCACUUCUUGAACACCUGUUCUGCUUGAUGCCCUCCAACGUCAGUUUGGGCUCCAAGGGCAACACCAUGUUCACCGAGCCAGUGAAGUUGAGCCCACAAGAAGUGUUCAGCUCAAUCAAACUGCAGCACAUCGCGUGCCAGGUAUACCUGGACACCAUAUGCAAGUUGCCAGCCCUUGUGCGUGCCUGGUGGAACAGCCAGAACAAGCGUGUCAUGGACCACGUCGAGAAGUUUACAUCAAGCCAUGUGACAAGCGUGAUCUCAUCAAGGGAAAUCCAGGCCGUGCAAAACGCCGAUGUAUCGCUUGAAAACAUGACUGUGAAGGGCCGACCCACGGCACGGGAAGUAGUGGCCACCUACACCAUCGAAGAGGUAGCCAUUGAACUGGUCAUCAAGCUGCCGGCCAACCACCCUCUCGGGGCAGUCACCAUUGAUGGUGGCCGGCGAGUCGGCGUCAGUCAGAGUCAGUGGCGCCACUGGUUGCUUCAGCUCACCACUUUCCUCACUCACCAGAACGGCUCGAUCCUGGAUGGUCUAGCCCUGUGGAAGCGCAAUGUGGACAAGCGCUUUGAAGGAGUAGAGGAGUGCAUGAUCUGUUUCUACGUGCUUCACGGCGCCACCUGCCAGCUGCCCAAGCUCUCCUGUCGCACUUGCAAGAAAAGGUUCCAUUCCGACUGCUUGUUCAAAUGGUUCAACACGAGCAACAAUUCCAGCUGUCCGUUAUGCAGAAAUGUGUUCUAAUUUUGUCUACAAAUGGAACAGCAGUGCCACCUGUUAAAAUGUUUGAAUGCGCAGUGUUAAUAAAAAUACAACAGCGGGAGUGUGCUGAA